AUGGACAGCGAAUUAAAGGAGAAUGAUAACAAUAUCUGCUUCUCGGGAAACGUCGCGUGCUACCCAAUAAGGAGCAACCUUUCACACCCAGCAGGCAGAAUCGUGGGAGGGGAAGAUGCGAAUCCAGGAGAAUAUCCCUGGAUGGCUGCCCUUCUCCGAAGGUCUUCCUCCCCUCGCGAAAGGCCUUUCUGUGGCGGAUCUCUCAUAUCUCCCAUCCACGUUCUCACCGCAGCCCACUGUGUCGUAGAGCUUCACUCUCCAAUUAUCUUUGUGGUUCGGAUCGGGGAGCAUGACUUCGAGAGGGAGUUCGAGACGAAGCAUGAGGAUUUCUCCAUUCGACGCGUCCACGUUCAUCCCGAUUACAAGAAGACCGAGAACGCCAUCUACGAUGAUGUGGCCGUCCUCGAACUGGAAAGUUCCUGCAUGAAAGAGCCUCGGACUGUCUGUCUUCCUGAUGAUCCUGGAGAUUUUCGGCGUGACACAGCCAUCGUCUUAGGUUGGGGGAGGUCGCUCCCGAAAGGAGACCAUGAACCCAUCCUACAAGAGGUGCUUGUCUCUAUUUAUCCAAAUGAGGAGUGUCAAUUCUUCUACGAGGGAAUCACGAGCACACAUCUGUGUGCUGGAGACCACGUGGACGGAGGGAAGGACUCGUGCAAGUGGGAUUCCGGAGGACCUCUACAGGUACGCCUGGAAGGGAAAUGGGUCCAAGUGGGAAUCGUGUCUUAUGGAGAAGGCUGUGCGAGGCCUCAAAAACCCGGUGUCUACGUCAAUGUCUCCUCCCACUUGUCCUGGAUUGCUAGCGUCAUCCACAACUAUACUCUCAACGUAACCAUAGCGACCGGACAACACGACCCAAUGCGCACGCGCAGUUUUCCGCCUGGGUCGGGGUGCCCGUCUUCCACGGAAACAUCCACUUCCCUUCCAGCUUUGGCGGUUGACGGAUCCAUAGUACAGUAUUUCCCAAAC